AUGGAAGACUCGGCGCCAGUUCAGGAUGACACGUCAGAUCCGUCAUCGGGUGAUGACCCCAUUAUCAUAGCCGACGAUGGGGAUAUUGUUCUGGACGUUACGUUUGAGACCUCGAAGGAGACCCUCGCCGCGGCUCGCAAGGUUUGGCAGGCUGCCGCAAAGAAGUUUGGCGCUCCACGCAUUCCUCAACCCAACCUAAGUCCGAGCAUCAACUUGGCGUAUCGCGUCAAGCUUUCCGUCUUGCAAAAGCAAUCACGAUACUUUGCCAACCUCCUCGGAAACAAGCAGUUUUCCGAGGCGAGCAAUGUGGAGGAAACCCUAGCCCGCUUGGCGGCCAAGAAACUCAACUUGGUUGAAGUGGACGCCAAAGAUCUGCCCUGGAUUUCUAUCGUCGACGAUGAUGAGGCUACCCGAUCCAUCGGCCGUGAGAAGGUUUUUGAAGACUUGAUGAGAAUUAUGCACGGGAAGCAAAUGCAGUCCAUGGCAGUCAAUAUGCUUCAUGUGACUACGUUAGCCAUCUUGGCGGACCGGUUUGACUGUCGAGCUGUAGUCUCAAGAUACCUCAGUGUCGAUCUGAAAUUCAGAUGGCCCAUGACAAGUGCCAGACCAGUCCGGGCGGGCACUCCCAAGAAGACUCUUGACGUCGAGAACGUACUCAGACAGACCGUUCUAGUUGCCUGGCUCUUGGAGCAGCCUCCUAGGCUCCAUAAAUGCACCCGGGAACUCAUCUUGCGCGGUUCAGUGCGUUGGAGUAACUUGGCUGUUGAAGAGAGUUCUCGCUCUGAGUUGUGGUGGAAUCUACCCGAUGGUUUAGAGGCGGAACUGCAAUAUCGACGGGAAUGUGUUUUGAACACCAUCGCAUCGAUCCAGCGCCAUUUCCUUGGGCUAUACUCUUCUCGCGGUAUGCAGUGCAAGCUUGGAUACGACACAAGUGCCGCGUGUGAUUCUUUUCAGCUGGGCCAAAUGCUCAAGUUCUUCACCAGCAAAGAGUUGAUGGGUAUGGUGGACUUUGGGCCCAGCUCUCUGGACAACAUCCCGGACUCCUCAGUCGUUGAUGUCGAGGAGAUUUUGGCAGCUCUGAAGCAGGUUCCAAGCUACCAGAUUGACAAGCACCAUACCAACUGCGGCAUUCGGACGCGACUCGAGCCUAUCCUGGAGUACGUUCGUUCAAUGUUGUCCUCGACGGUGCUCUCGAUCUCGCAAGUUGACUGGAAGAACGAUCGCGAGACUGCCACAUGGGUCCCCGCCGAAAUUCGUACCAGCUUGGGUAGGGAGGAGAAGAAAUUCGAAUUCACCCGAAGCCUGGCUGGAGACCAACGGCUUCGUUACGAGGGCAACAUGUACGCUGAUAAGAUGGCUCGCAAAUUGUUCACGGCUGAGAAAUGGGACUGGACACCUGAAUACUAA